AUGGAGAAGGGCACUGACAAAGGCGCUCAGCGAAGCCCUAAACACGCGUACGGUUUAUAUCCUUUCAUCAUGCUGACCAUCCCCAGAAGUCGAUAUGACAAGCUAUAUAAUAUGUUCUUCAAUGUUGAAUCAGUUCUCAUGGUCAUCGUCCGCUCAGCCGCCGACAUGCUCGCACCCGAUACUGCCCUCGGCGCAGCGUACAACUCGUACGCGAGGCCCUCUUGCGCACCAAACACCCGCACGGAUCUGCUGAAAGAGAUCACCACUUGGAUAACAGAGAGUUCAUCGAUAGAGGACUUUAAGUCGGUGUAUUGGCUGCAUGGUGCCACCGGCACGGGGAAGACAACCGUUGCCCAGUCCGUCGCCCUGGAAUGCGCAAAGCGCAGGAUCCUCGGAGCCAGCUUCUUUUUCUCUGGGAGCGACAAUGAACGGAACAACGCUGGCAAAGUGGUCACUACCCUCGCCUAUCAACUUUGUUUACAGUCAAAAGACCAGGAUUACCGCACGCGGUGUGCGUUGGACAAACAACCCGAUGUAGCGCGUCAAUCGAUGGCGGACCAGGUACAAAAGCUGAUUACUGAUACUCUGGCGAACGUGAAGAACUUCCGAAAGAUCAUCAUUCUCGACUCGCUCGAUCAGUGCAGCGAAGACGAUGUCCUCGAACUCGUCCCUCUCCUGUUCAAGGCCGCGACGAGCUCCCCGCUUCGCUUCUUCGUCACCAGCAAAUUGACCCCUCCCAUCGUCAGCCUCCUGCAGAAGCACGCCGCGCAUGUCAACGCCGUCGAUCUGCUCGCUUACGACGCCAAGAAUGACAUUCGGCUCUUCUACCUAGCGAAUUUUCUGAGGAUUGGGGAGGCACGGGGGUUGAAGGACCGGUGGUUCAGCGAGGACGACCUUGCGCGGAUGGUGGACCUCGCAGGGGGGAUAUUCCUAUACGCUGCCACGGCAGUCGGGUUCAUCGCUAACUCAAAAUCGCAGGAUUGUCAAACUCAGCUACGAGCCUUGCUGGGGACGCAACAGAAUCAAGCUGGCGGCGCUUAUGGUCGCUUGUACACGCUUUAUGGCCAUAUUUUGACGUCAAUUCCGAAGGAGACAUAUCAGGGCUUGACCCGAAGAGUCAUCGGGACUAUAUGCCUUGCGUCGUACCCACUUUCCCUUCCAACCUUGGAUCGCAUACUGAGUAUCAAACCAGGCGAGUCGUGGCGAUGCCUACAAGACUUGCGUGCGAUCUUCCAGGUGCCGAGCUCCCCAAACGACAAGGCCGGUUGUGUGACGCCCCUCCACAACUCCUUUAUAGAGUACAUCACCGCCCCCUCUCGCUCAGGCCGCUUCGCCAUCAACGUCAAAGCCCACCACUCGUAUCUGCUAUGCAAAUGCUUGGAUCCGAUGAUUGCUGGGCUCAGACGCAAUAUCUGUGACCUCCCGCCUUCUGGCGAUCUCAAUAACUAUGUCAAGCGGAUGAUCGCGAAGAAAAGGGCGCAGAAUAUCGACGGCGGACUGGAGUAUGCCUGUCGUUCUUGGCACUACCAUCUGGCGAACGGUGGGAUCACCAAGGAGGUGCUCGAGCGACUCCGCCUGUUCUCACAGGCCACUCUCAUCUAUUGGGUGGAGGCUAUGAGCAUAUUGGUGCGAGUAGAUGAUAUUUUGAUAUCACUCCAAACCGUGUUGUCCACGCCCAACCUCCCAAACUUUCUCCUUGAGCGUUGCAGAGAGCUGGAACAGGCUGUCGGAGAUGGAACGACCAGGGUCGGUGACUGGCCAUUGAAUAUCUACAAGGCAUGCAGCCCAACUCUGGUCAAAGUGGCUAAAGCGUUGCCCCCUACCCCGCCGCUGCCCGGAGACGAGCCGCUUCCAACUGUCAAAGGGUUAUUCUCCUCUAUGCCUAUACCACAACCUGCUGUUGGGGGCACAGAAGCUGAUGUACUCUCGCUUUCUGAUACAAUCCAACGCUGUGAACUCUUGCAACCGCCCCAGCCACCUCGCGCUGAACAAACUCCCAAAUCUAAUUUACCAGAUGUUCCUCCCUUUAUCGAUGCUCCCCCCUUUGUGGCAGAAGGCGGAGAGGGAUCCUUCACAUGUGCGUUCUGUAUGGAGGAAGUAGGGAACGAGGUCAUCGAAGGCAUCUUCCGAGGCGAGCCUCUGAUUAUUUGCGAGUAUUGCUUGCAAGGUCCACUCAUCAGUGCCGUCGGUGGAUUUCUGUCGAGGAUCAAUGGAUGCAUUGCAUUGGCUGCCAACACGUCCCCGGACUUGACCUUUGCCUGUCUUGCUAUGCUUAUCGCGUAG